AUGGGUCAGCGUUACUUAAUUACUUUAUGUGCUCUGAUGCUCGUCUCGGUGGGCUACUGUCAAACUGAAACGGAGCCACCAACGACUGUGACGACUAAGGCUCCGACUACCACCACUGUGGUGACAUCCACCACCACCACGACUUGGGAGACGGAGACCCUGAAUGAGGGCCAGGCGAUACAGAAGGCGCUGCAAUAUCUGCUGCAGCACCGCCAGCCUGACUGGGGCUGGGGUAACGAUACGCACCAUGUGAUGCUGACACUGCAGUUGGCCAAUAACACUGGUAAGGAGAUUGAGCAGCAGGGCCUGGAGAUGCAGCUCUCAGCCAAGCAGAUGGAGAUCGAGAUUCUGCUCAUGAUGUCCAAACACCACGAAUCUCCUCCUCCAUUGGGGCGCCUCGCUGCAUACACACUGGCCCUCGGAGCUCUCUGCAAGGACCCCCGGUCCUUCCACGGCCGCGACCUGGUGGCUGCCCUCCUGCAUCGUGAGCCUCCUCAUGACCUUGAGUUCGCCUAUGCGACCUUGGCUGCCUGUUCCUCAGCAGCUCAUGUUCGGCGCCGGCAUAUUAGGAGGCUCCUGGACAUCGCAAACGCUGCUUCUGACCACAGUCUUGACACGAUCUCAAUGGUGAUAUUGGCGCUACGCUGCGUGGUGCAGGACCACCGUCACCGUAGUCUCAUUCACUUCGUGCGCCGCCCCAUGGCCGGACUCGCAAGGCAACAACACACUGAUGGGAGCUUCGGUACCCUCACCACUACCGCCUUGGCUAUUCAGGCCUUGGAAGAUUCUGAAUCAGGACCUGGAGCGCACCAGCACUGGAGCUUCCCAGCGGCGCGCAAGUGGUUGGUGGAGAGGCAGCGAAGUGACGGUGGCUGGGGCGACGUGGCCAGCACUGCUGCAGCUGUGGCCGCUCUCACACCCGCCUCACUAGCUGCUGUCCGCCCGCCACACUGCGCUGACAAACUCCUUGACAAUCGUCACGAACCUUUAGAUAGCAACGGGGGUGAUGGCACUCUUAAGCUGGCCUACCAAUCAGGCAGCACCAGCAACGAAUCCGAUGCACGCAACGUAUCCUUCACUUACACGCUGUGGGUUGGCACUAACGUCACCGAGACCUACACCCUGCGCAUGGUUGCUCCUAGGAAUAUAUCAUUCUUCCACGUGAUGCAAAUGGCGGCAAAAAUAUUACCGAAGUUCAAGUUUGAGGCGAGCGAGUGGCCCAAUGGUCAUUAUGUGCACACGAUCGGGGGUCACAAGGAGGAACCCAUGGGUUACCACUACUGGCUGCUUUACCGUCUGCCCGAGAAGCCUGACCCCGCCAGCCCUCCUGGCAACCAGCUCGUCGCACCAGUCGGUGUGGACGACUUAUUGGUUGAGGAAGGAGAACAUUAUCUGUUCUGGUAUAAGAAGUUGUAA